GCUUGCGGAAACAUAGAGUGGAAUGUUGAUACAUUGUUGUUGUUUUGUAGUUUGGAAUUGGGAUACAUGUCGGUUCGACUGCUGGGAGCUUUCCUCUGGUUGAUAUAAACUACAUCACGCCGUAGCCGACAACAACAAGAGAUUUUUGAAGUCUCUAAUUAAACAACCACGUCCUAAGAGCGAUCUCGGAGCAAGGAGGCGUGGUAUCCGUAGCCUACUUCAUAGAGAAGAAUGAUCGCAUCGAAGAAGCAACUGGGCGAAAACACGCCUGGAACGGAGGAAAGAUGACGAACACAGUAGCUUUCUGACGUGCAUGAAAUAACUGUUAUAAAGCUGUAAAAAAUACUGGUGAUUAACAAAAUUGUCCAUUUAUUGUGUUCGCUAUGCCGUGUUGUGCUUGUGCAAUUCACGUUUUCAUAUCAUCCGCACACAUGUAGCCUGUCACACGAUUUCGCAUGAAUGAUUAUCUUGCGAAGUACCUUUUUGACAGACGGCUAGGCAUGGAAUAUUGUCAUGGGCAUACGGACAUUCAUACAUACAAAAACAUUCAGUGAAUAAUCUGGAAUGCGUUCUUUCCUAUCGUGUAUGUAAAUAAUGAUGAACUAGACAAAUUGUGAGACGCCUAAUGCUAUUUCUCUUGAAAUUGACAGGUUACUGCUGUGGUUGAAUUUAGGGCAAUGGAAAACAUUUCCAUUUUCAAAACAAAAACGGUAUUUCGUUAAUCAAGCGAAAUGAUAAUACUCAAGAGUCGCCGCACAUAGUCCUGUGUCUGUCUAGAUGUCUGUCUUCUGAUUGAGGGAAUGCUUUAUGUUAGACCUUUUAAAUUAGCCGUAGCUGUACUACUGUUUCCAAACUGCAGAAUAGGCAAAAUGCUUAUGAUAUAGACUAACCUCUCACUGCCUGAUCAGCAAUAAACCAGAGCGAUGGCUAGUCAGUGAAUUACAAAUGAUUUAAGAGAUUGUUAUAAUUAAACACUUGGUUGUGGGCUGGAUUGUAGGGAACCUGUUUUAUUAUUAUUAUUAUGUAAAAUGGUAUAUUAGGCACUAUGUUAAAUCCCACUUGUUACUGGCGUGCAUUUAAGGGAAUCACUCCAUUUAGCAGAAAAUAUUUGAUUCUGGCUGGAAUUUUAUUCGGCUUUAAGCAAGGAACUACACCCUGUUAUUUAGGAAAGGUGAGUCAUUACUGGAUAUUAUGAUUCAUUUCCCCUCUGGCAAAUAACAGAACUGUCAUUAGUUAUUCAAUUUAAAAGGAUAAAGGCACAAAUGAGCAAGUAGAGGUGCCAUCUUAAAUAGCCAAAAAUGAAUGAAAAUGUGCAUCCUGACGGCAAUUUAGAGACCUGUAUGGUUUGGAACCCUACACUGGGUGGAGUCUAUAGAUAGAGCUUUCCCUUGCUAGUCGGAUAAAAUGUGAAAGUGCAUAGGGAUGGUGUGCAAGCUGUUGUCAUGUCAUGUAGGCUAUUCAGUCUGCCCGUUAAACUGUCUGUGACAUUUUUUAGUUUAUUGCAUAAAUACAGACGGACUGAAGUCUCAGUGCUGAUCCUCCCCAGAAGCUUUUCCACUGUGAAAAGUGCAAGACAUUUUUGGCAGAGUACGGGUGGAACUUAGUCUGCUCAUAAACGCGUAGACAUUCAUCAUCACUACUGCAAGUGUGAGAAGGAACUCAAAAAAUGUUUGUUGGCUGUGUAUCAGACAAAUCUUCUACUCAGUAACCGUUUGUAAUAUGGAGUAACAAGACAACUUUAAUUCACAUGUGGGGAAACUAAUUAAACCUGAGGUCAAUGGCAUACCCACUAUAUUACUUUAAAAAAAGUUAAACUGCACCAGAAACCAAAUAUUUUAAUAUUCUGUAAGUGGACAGAGUUUGGAUUCCACUGUUGGUGAUUUUGGGCGAAAGAAAGUAAUUUCCUGUUUUGGUACUGACUACUGUCUUUGGCUGAAGAUCAAGUCCUUAGAUGGUCCUCUUGACCUUUGCUGUCAUGGAAAAUCCUGGGGAAAACACAGAAACAGGUCGCUCUCAUUGAAAAGCUAUGGACUGGUUUAGGUUGGUGAAGAGUUGUCUUUUUUUCCAUACGUUGUGUGUGCAUCAUGUGGCCACAGCAAAAAGACCCUGAGUCACUUGGUGUGAGAUGACUUCCCUCUUUGGGUGGUGGCGUUGCCCCCGUUUGUGUGUGCUCUGUCAUAAACAGAGAGGAAUUUGUUCAGUGCCUUAUCAUAUUCUGCACUGGUUCAGUAACCAAAGUACUGUGUAGGAGGGCCACAAAUGUCAGAGUCUUUCAUUUUUCUAUGCGCUUGAGUCAUUGUUCUUUCUGGGUUUUCUCAAAAAUAAGUACGACUCUCUUCCUCGAGCUGUCAAAAAAGGAAGAGAAUCUUUCCUUCAAGUACAGUAUACCACAUUUUUAAUGGUCUGAAUAUGCGCACAUUGAAAAAUGAUGUAUGAGAAGUAUGAUACUAGUAUUCAGAUGACAGUACUGGUUUCCUACCUCUUCUCUAAAUUCACAAUGGUCAGUAGUAUUGGUUUGUGUGUCCAUAUUGUCAGGAAGUCAUCAUAACUAUUGUGGUUUUACAGAGAUGAAUAAAUAUUUUCAAAUCAGCUUUGAAACAACCAAUUUGGACACCACGAUUAUGAAUAUUAGGUUUUAUUCAUAUCUGGAAAAUUCCUGGGCAAAGCCUGAAAUGUUUAAUUUAAGUUUAAGCAUUACCUAGGUAGUCCAACAAAUGAUUGAAAAUGAACUGGAGUGGUUUUUCUAACCAGUUUCUGGGUGAAUAUUUGUCAAAAUAUUUGCAUUUUUGUAACCCUGUGGCUGACAGAAGCAUGUCCUAGAAUGUUGGAUUAUACUGUUUGCACAAGUAAGCUUGUGUAGUGCUGUGAGCUACUGCAGUCAAUUUGCAUCUUGGGCUUUCCCACUUCACCAAGGGACUUCCUGGAGUUGAGCGUAACAGCUUCACCACUUUGUGGUCAGAACAGUUUGGAGUAAAUAAAUGAUUUGUCACUGACGUUUAGCAAUCUGUGGUUAUGAAGGAUCCUCCAGAAUUUUCAUUGGGGCCUAGCUGACCGCUGAUGUGUUUUCCAUACCUGCUCUGCACCGGAGUGGAAUUUUUGGGUCUAAUGUAAAAACUGGAAAUAUUUGUCCCCGAUCUGCAGAUGCCUGAGAUUCUUUACUAUGCCAGCAUUCCAUGGUUGGGAAAUGAAUCCAAGCAUAGGUUUUUCACUCCUCUUGCCAGCCACUAAGUUUGGGUGGCAAUGCCAACCAUUCUCACAUAUAGCUGGACCUUUCCUUCUGUCCGCUUAAGCAACAGGAUUGUCCAGGAAACGUCAACUGGAAGGGUGUGCUCUCUUGCCUCUGGAACUUACUCCUACCAUUAGCUGGUGUGACUCAUAGCUCAGCAAUGCCCACCCACCGCCCCCUCCCCCUACCUUGUGUAAUAUUUCAUCAAACAUUUGCGCAGUGUGGAGAGCUGCAAACCAUGGAAAGGGCCUGUGUGCCUCCCUGUAAGGCUGGGUGAGCCACACAAAGUGCUUGGUGUAUUUAAGGCAUUUGCUUAUGGGGGGACCUAGCUGUUGCAUCAACACCACGGUUCAGUUCCUCAAUUAGAUCAUUUAACCAUCAGCCAAGGUUGCCAAACAAGUCCCUUCUUAACGGUGAGGUAUGCUUACUUACACACUCCAGAUGCAGAGGCUGCAAUUUAAUUUCCCUGUGUAAGCUGUUUGUAUUCACACCUGUCUUGACUGAGCCUAUAUGCGAGUUUUGAAUUCAAGCCUGUCACUGACUUACAAAAACAAGUCAGGAUCACAUUUCACAAGGUUCUGUUGUUCACCAAUACCACUGGAUGAUGAAAGCCUGUUUUUGGUGCCAUCCUUUGGCUGAAGAAUGUUGGACCAAUCCAGUCAUAUCAGUUUCACUCUGCUAAUGACCGCAAAGCACCUCAUGGCAGUUAACUUCAAUAAGGUGAUGAAAACGAUACCUUAGCAAGUCUUGAGCUGCAUUUGGCUACUGUAUUUUUCUUUAAGGACAUGGAGAGUCAAAGUUUCUUGAUUUUGAAUUCAUGCUUACAUUGAAAACAAAAUGAAUAGUUAUGAAUAUGAAUAGUUAGCAUAGUUUUCAUUCAGUUUUAAUUAUUUUUUCCCGUUCAUUAGAUACGCUCCUCAAAGAAUACCUUGUGAAUACUCCAGAGAGAUUCAUAUUUUUGCAUAGUUGAUAACGAUGUUCCUGCUUCUGUGAAUAUUAAGCUGAUUAGUGAAAUUAAGGAAAUUAGGCAUUCACAUCAAGCUACUAUUUCUACAUGAAAUAAAGUAGGGAUUUGAAAGGAGUUUACUUAUUCUUUCCUGUUUAAUUUGAUUAAUAAAAUCUGGAAGUAAAAAUGAAUAAUCAGGAGUUUAAGUGUGUUCUAGUUUCCUUCCCAGUUCUGCCCUAGGUCCUGGAGUUUGUAUAAGGAUGUAACAGAACGGGGAAUUCUUGAGAAAAAUGCUGAUAAGGAUGUGCAAUGAGUUAAGCAAUGGAAAGUAAUGCUGGGAUUGGCUUUUUAAAGUACGUCAGCGCACAGAGAAAUCUGUGAUUAUGGGAUCCAAGUUCCAAACACUAAUCUCGUAAAUGCGCUUCUUUGUCCAAUCGGAUGUUCUCAAGCCGUUUAAGUUGCUUUUUCCCUCAUAUUUGAAGAUCAAAAACAAACAAGUAAAAACAAUCAACAAAUGUUUAAAUGAGUAGAGCAGGAUUGCGAUCAAUAUAUUGGCAUUUAUAAGUAACAGCAAAGCACUGCGGUCUAUUUAAAAAAAAGGCAGUUUAAGUGAAAGCGCUCUUUGAUCAAAGAAUGUUUCUCUCUGGAGUUUCCUUGCGGAGGUUAGCAGGGUCUGACUCACUGGAAUGCUAUGUCACAUUGUUUGAGUUCGCAGCUAUGCGGUCUGAGUGUGGGCGGAGCACUGCUGGCCAUUCUCAGACCUGCUUACACAUGUUUUUCGGCGUAAGCGGCACUGUUUGAAGCAAAUCUGCUCCUCUGCAAAGAAAGUUUCUCAAGCCAGGGUUUCAUGCUUGAGUAAAUAUUGUGCGGCGAAAUGGCAGCGGCGUGGGUGUGCGUUUUCUUGCCGUCCCACCAAUCUUUCGUUCUUGUGAUUCUUAUAUUCGUCCCGUUCGGAGAAACUAGGCAGUAAAACGUUGUCAAGAGCCUGAUGGAUUGUGCUUUCGGGAGCACGUUAUAAGCAACAUUAAUUGCUGGCAUACAUUGUUAAAUCUGUGGAGUAAGUUCUCAGCAGUGUUGUGCUGUCAGUUGGUGACAGCACCAUUAUUCUCGGUCCCAUUUAAAAUGGCUGUAACUCAAACUCAGCCUGAGUUGGCAGGUACAGAGGUUCAGACAUUUUAUGAAUUCCUGUGCAGUGUGAUAUGGCAGGCACAGUGUACAGUGACUUCAGCACGUCAGGAGAACAGUGCAGGGACAUGGAAAAUAAGAGUAAGGCUCUUAUCACAUUGCAGCAAGCCCCGAAGCCUGCUGCAUUUUGUCAUAGCUUCCCUGUGCAAGACCAGUGGGUUCCUGCACGACUGAUUCCCUCAAGAUGUACACGACCUGAUACGAUUGUGACACAGUCAGCGCCUCUCCCAUGACUGUAACCUUUCUGAGGGAUCCAGCUGAAUGCAUGCAGGGUAUGACGACUAAUUUUAAAGCAAGCAAAGCUUUAAAGGUAAAGAAGGAGGUGGGGGAGAAUGCCCCGGCCCUCAGCGACGAAGAGCUGGUGGCCAUGACGGUGCGCCAGCUCAACCAGCACCUCCGGGGGCUGACCAAGGAGGACGUGGUGCGGCUGAAGCAGCGGCGGCGGACCCUGAAGAACCGCGGCUACGCGGCCAGCUGCCGCAUCAAGCGUGUGACCCAGAAGGAGGAGCUGGAGCGCCAGAAGACCGAGCUCCAGAGGGAGGUGGACAAGCUGGCCCGGGAGAACGCCAGCAUGCGGCUGGAGCUGGACGCCCUGAGGGCCAAGUACGAGGCCCUGCAGUGCUUCGCCCGGACCGUCGCCCGCGGCCCGCUCGCCUCCGGGAAGGUGGCCACCACCAGCGUCAUCACCAUCGUCAAGUCGACCAAUCACAACGCGGGCCCCGCCCCUUUCUCCGCCACCCCCUCCUAAUGCUCACGGGGCAGGACUCGCCGCAAGCAAGGCAGGGUUGCCCCCUGGCCAGACCCGCCCCGCGCUGAGAAGGAGCUCAGCUGAUGGGAGUUGCGCUGGGGGGGCCCCACCCCUAUCCUACAGUUCCACGCCGAGGCUGAUUCUGCCAUGACCUAAGCUCACUGUCACCUCUCUACUUUACACUGUCUGUGUACUGUGCAAAAAGAAAAAGAAAAAAAAAAACCCAGCACCGGCAGGGCAGGCUGUUCCCAUAUAAAGGGACUUUUACAGAGUAAAGCACUUACUGAAGUGUGAACGAGUACUUCAUACGAUCUGAGGCAACAGCACUAGUCUGAGACAGGUCUGAUGCUUGUAGUAUCUAAACUUUAUGUCAGAUAUGAAAACGUAUGCUAUAGUUAUGAUAAUGGCAAAACAAUAGUUACUAUAAGAAAACUAGAGACAAUAAUGCUUUUGACGAUAAUCAGCACAAUGCUAUUGUGAAAAUCUGCAGUUAAGUUGCUUUUUUGUUAAAUGCAGCACCCCAUGCUGACAUGGCUAUGUGCUACACACAGAAAAGCGUACUUUCAGAGAUGGCAAUCUAAGCUGAGAAGAACCAACGGGCACCGCAGGGCUGUUAUUGUGAGGGAUGUGGUAUGCUGAUCUCUAUAGCGCUCAUUAGAAUAGAAGUAAAUGUACAGGAAAACAAGCCAGCUCUCUGGCUAAUUAACAAUAAUAAAUGCUAAUCAUGAAUGGCACUUAACGGAUUACUGUCAAUCACAGUAUACAAGAGCACUUGUUUUUUUUGUUUGUUUUUUUUUUAAGUAUGAAAUUGUGAAACUAUAGGCUGCCUUAGGCACCUUGGUGAGAUUUUAGAGCUAUCUGUCCUGUAUGAAGCUAAUAGCAUUCAAUGUGGUUUAUUUUUAUAACAUAACAUGGUUUAAAUUUUUGAUGCGGUUUACAAGAAUGUGAGGGGAACUAGCUUUUAUAUGGUCUUUAUAGAUGUUUUCCAUUCUGAACUCACACUACCAAUGCCGUUCUUUGUGGAAGGUAAUCCAUAUUGGAUAUAGAGAUAAUGGGAACCAUCAACAAUUACAUGCAGUCUGACUGUUUCCUGUAUAUUACAGAUUUAAAUGACUUUGUUUUGUUUUAACAUAAAAGAAGAUUGGAACAAGUUCAUAACUGCAGCUUUUAGCCCAUUUUGUGGAAAAUUCCGUCCUCAGGAAACCAUUCCCAGUGCUCGGUCACCAGGAAGUGCCACUGCCGGUGUUGGUUAAGUUCAUACAGCAUGUUGUAUGGUCAUAAUAUAAUACUUUGACACGAACAUUAGGGUAAAAAGAACCUCCGUACAUUAACUUCCCCAGAACAUAAAAUGGAAAGAUAGCAUGGUAUUUAGUUGUUGCACACAACUAAUAAAUUGAAUACUCAAGAUUUUAAUCCUGAUGCUGUUUUUCAGAGAUUAUUUCAUUAUGGAACACACCAUUGGCAUUAGGAAUAUUGUUAAUAAAGCACAAACUUCAGAAAGCCACAAAUCCAACAGGUAUGCUGCGUUCUGAAGGUAGUGAGCUCAGACUGCUCACCAGACUUGGCACACACCUUAAACCCAGGUGUUGAACUGCAUGUGUCACAUGAUUUACUGAUGUGCUGUGACAUCAGUCCAGAGAAGUGAAAGUUAUCUUGUGUUGGGGUUCUUUCUUACCCGGUGGACACGACUCUAACCCCCUCCCCCCCCUCCCCAACUGCUAAACCCUGCUGUAGAGUAUGGGCUUGUGGGGGGUGAAGACUUUGCUGCUGUUUGGCCCUCUGCGUUACUAAGCAAGGCCAUUGCUGUGCUCUUUUAUCAUUGUCGUUUUGUGUUUUCAUAUACAUGUCCUAUGCAUUAUUAUUUCAGUAUAUAUUGUGCUCUAUAUUUUCAGGGUGUGAAAUGGAGGGGUAUAAUCCUGUUAUCACCUCCCCUACUAAGUACAUUAGCAGAAAUGUCACUAUGUCACAGAGUCCUUUUAGCAGUAGUGUCUUUCGUAUGUAUAUCACCAGUGUGUUUACUUCCUCCAUUGUGCUGAGGGUAUAAGUUCAUUGUAGCCCAUUGAAGCCUUGCAAAUACAGCUAAUAAAUCCACCUAUCCUGCUAAAAAUGAGCAUUUACAGUUAAUGGAAACCAUUGGAAAUGACUUAAUGGCUAAAGAUAAAUAAAUAUGAACCAUUUUGCUCAGUUCACUCAGUUUUCAGUUUUUUAUUUAUUCUUUUUUUUUUUUUUUUUUACAAAAAGGAGGCCAAUUAUGAUCACAUGGCUAGAUUAGGAGAAAGGUUAUUUUCAUUUGGACGCUGUCCGUAAAGGGUGACGUAUCACCGUGUUAUGGACUGAUGGCAGCUGUGGCCCUUUCUUACAUCCGUGAUCAGACACCCAGCCAGCUCAGGGCAACACAAGCAAAGCAAGUGACUGACAGUCUUUUUGGGAGCGUCUGUAACAGAGCCAACAACUACAAGGCCUCUUCUUUUCUUCCCAUGGCUGUUUAAGGCUGUUGUUGGCAUCUCGGGUUUCUUGCUUCCUUUUCAGAGCAGGAAAGCAAAUCUGGCACAGACAUAAAAGCUCAGUCGUCUCUAGACUGUUGCAGAAAGAACCUGACCCUUCAUCCGAGAUUAAGCAUUGGUUUUUCUUUUCACUUUUUCAUUAUCCUUCUGAGGGAUGGAAUAUGUCCUGUUUGAACAGCAAAUCCUGUUUUUUUUUUCAGAGUGGAAGCCCUUAUAUCAGUAGAGCAUGUUGCCACAGCCCUUGUGAACCUGUCACAUUUGUAAGACUUUUUUUAUGUCGGUAGCAGUGAUUCACAGCUUAGAAUUCUCUGCAGCACACUCACCCUGUGUGCAGUGUGGAUUUUGCUCCUCUUAGCAGCAGCGGGAAGAAAGAGAGGGCCCAUUUAUCACAACCAUAAAAUAAAAGAAUGACAAAGUGUAUCAUCUUCCCUGCUCUAUGCUGCCACCCAGUGGUAUGCCUGAGGUAAAACAGCUGUGAGGAAAUCUGCGUGAGGGCACUCGUCCCACUGUGCACACUGCAUUGGUUCUAUUAAAAUGCCAGAAUGUCAAUAGUUCAAAACCAGCCAAUCAUAGGCAAUGGUUUAGGACUAGAGAAAGUACUACAAAGUGAAGACCCGUCCAACUGAAUAAUUUUCAUGCUGCUGUGUGCUCAUCUUCAGGCCCCCAGAUGUAAAGACUGAAAACUGUAGGGUAACUGUUCACAUGGGAAGUAACUGAGAGGUGGUGUUGCUUUAACUUAAGUUCACAUUGUUUAGUGCAGAGGAGUACAGGAACUGGAAACCAGAAUGAUGAUGCUGGACAGGGUGGAGAUGAAACGCCCUGGUUUAUAAGUAUAUGUACUGUAUCUUUGUGUUGUGUUCCCUCUGUAAUUGUAUGUUUAACGUGUAAUUGGACAAAGCAAUUAAGAACGGAUGACCCUACAUCUAUCUGCAUUGUGUACCUUUUCAUUUUUAUACUGUGUUGUAUGUGGCCUUUUAGAGUUAGAACUUAAAUUAUUCAUUAUCUGACAUGUAUCUAUAUUUAAAUUAUACAUUGUAUAUUUGCUCUGAUAUUUCUUCAAGCUAUUUGCCAUGAACGCACAUACAAAUUUGAACCCAGUUGUUCAAUUUGGCGAAUUACUUGCCUCUAAAAAGUAUGCUGCUCUAAACUUUUACAUGCAUCUGAAAGCCUGCAAAAAUGACCAGAUAUCCACAUAUGUCUACAAGAUGAAAGUGAAUGGUUUUGGGUAAAGAAUCCCACAAACAGACUUCCAAACAGCUGAACAGUGUGUUCAUUUGGAAAAUAAAAUUGUCCAUACAUGUGAAAAAUCUAGAUUGUCUAUCUGAGUAGUUAUUUGAAGUGUAGAAACUAGUGCUCCUCAUUAUAGCAGUUUGGUCAAUGGUGACUAACUACAGUAACAAGACAAACUAUUAAUGAAGUAGACAAACGGUCAAGCUCUUAACCUGUUACUUCAUUACUCUGUUUAUAUGUAUUUGUACUCCGGUAUUUAUUUUGUUUAUUUUAAUUAUAUAUAAAUUAUUGGAUUGUACGUAUUUACAUUCAUUAUGGUUCAUUAGUGACUGUACCCUCAUGUACAUGUACAAAAUCAUCUUCUGUUUUCCAUGCUCUGACUGAGAAUAAGGACCUAAUUUAUUACUAUGUCUGCUGUGCCUGUUUUUGUACUUUUCAAUAAAUCAAUUUUAUCAUGA